AUGUCCCAAGAAUCGCCCCAAAAGGCAACCAUAAUCGGAAUAUCCGGCCCAUCAAGCAGCGGCAAAACAACUCUCGCCCGCCUCCUCCAACGCAUCUUCUGCGGGGUGAAUCUGGCCCACGGCAAUGCCAAUGCCAAUGCCAAUACCCACCUAAACACCUUUAUAAUCCACGAAGAUGAUUUCUAUUUCCCGGAUGAUCAAAUCCCAACAGUAACCCUCCCAUCGGGCAAACAAAUCCAAGACUGGGACACAGCCUCAGCAAUCGACAUCCCCUUCCUCUCAAAAGCACUCACCUACGUCCGGCAAAAUGGAACACUACCACCCCGCCUGCGCAGUAAAGAAGACCAGAAUGAUAAAGCGGAUAGCGGGGUUCCAGAUGGGGUAGUCCGUGAAUUGAGGGAUAUGGUCGAGAGAUCUUUAUCCUCCUUGUCCUCGUCAGAGCAAGGGAUGGUGCAGACAGUUGCGUUCCUGGAGGGGUUUUUGCUGUUUAGUCCGCCGGUUGAUACAUCUACAAACGAGGCGCAGAAGAAGAAGCAACAUAUCCUCCGUCCAGUACACGACGCUAUAAACUUACACCUUUUCCUACCGGCGUCGUAUGAGCUCGUUAAAGCGAGGCGGGAGGGGAGGAGUGGGUAUGUGACUAUUGGGCCUGCGCCUGAUGUAUCUGACGCCACCAAUACCAACACUACGAAUAACGAAUCCGGUGAUGUCGACCUCGAAGCCGAAGAUGAUCGUCCCCCGCAGAACUUUUGGACGGAUCCGCCUGGGUAUGUGGAUGAUAUUGUUUGGCCGCGGUAUGUGGAGGAUCAUUCUUGGUUGCUUAUUGCGGAUGAGAAGGAGGGUGGAAGCGGGAAUGAUUAG